AGGUGAAGCACAGCAUCCCAAGCAUUUCAUUCAAAGAAACAAGCUAAGUCGACGCUCUAUUUUCUUCACUACCACAAUGAGUUCCGAAUCCUCAGUAACCAAGAGGCUAGAUGGUAAGGUGGCACUGAUAACUGGUGGAGCCAGUGGGUUAGGAGAGUGUACAGCCAGGCUAUUUGUCAAACAUGGAGCCAAGGUUCUCAUUGCUGAUAUUCAAGACGAUUUGGGCCACUCCCUUUGCCAAGACCUUGGACCUGAAAACAUCUCCUAUGUCCAAUGUGAUGUCACAUGUGAAUCCGAUGUCGAAAACGCCGUGAACAUGGUGGUUUCCAAGUACGGAAAGCUCGACAUCAUGUUCAACAACGCAGGGAUUAUCGGUGACAAUGAAGUAAGAGUGACGGAUACCAGCACCGACAACUUCAAGAGAGUGUUUGAUAUCAAUGUGUUGGGUGGAUUUUUGGGUGCCAAGCAUGCUGCUAGGGUUAUGGUUCCUGCCAAGAAAGGCUGCAUUCUCUUCACAUCGAGUCUUUCGUCCAAAAUCAGCUACGGCAACCCCCAUGCCUACAAGGCAUCGAAGCAUGCUGUCACGGGGUUGACUAAAAGCUUGAGCGUCGAAUUAGGCGAGCACGGAAUCAGAGUUAACUGCAUUUCACCUCACGCAACUGCGACCCCUUUGUUCCAGAAAACACUGGGGCUAUUCGAUAAGAAGAAGGGAGAGGAGAUGAUUGCGGUUUCAGCAGUGUUGAAAGGCACCGUAUUGGAGCCCGAAGAUUUCGCUAAUGCAGCACUGUAUUUGGCUAGCGACGAGGCUAAAUAUGUGAGUGGUGUUAAUUUGCCCAUCGAUGGAGGCUAUUGUCUCAGCAAUCAAUCAUGGAAGUUGGGAUUCGCGGCACUUUUCUCAAUAAAUCAGCAAGUCCUCUGUUUUACCUUUUCAAUAAUGUUUUUGAAUAAGGAAAAUUAAACUUAUCCAAAACUACACAUUUCAUAAAUUGUAUUGUGGAAUCCAAGCAGUCUCCUGUAAUGCUUAUGAUG